AUGAGUUCGCCUAAAAGAAGAAUAGAAAAGGAUGUUAUGGAUCUCAUGAUGAGUGACCACGAUGUUACACUCAUCAACGACUCAAUCCAGGAGUUUUACGUUAUAUUUCAUGGCCCUACCGAUACCCCUUACAUCGGAGGAACCUGGAAGAUAAGGGUUGAAUUACCGGACCAGUACCCGAUUAAAUCACCAUCCAUUGGAUUUUUGAACAAAAUAUACCACCCUAAUAUUGAUGAGAGCUCUGGCUCUGUCUGUUUGGACGUUAUAAACCAAACUUGGUCUCCUAUGUUUGGAUUAUUAAACAUUUUUGAGAAUUUCUUACCCCACUUAUUGAGGUACGCUAAUCCAAGUGAUCCAUUAAACACCGAUGCAUCUAACUUGAUGAACAAAGAUGUUAACAAGUACACUGAAACUGUUAAGCUAUAUGUACAGAGAUAUGCUAAAGAUAAGAGUAUUAGCGAGAAGCCGGCCGAAGACGAUGAAGACGAAGACGAAGAUGAAUUGAGUGAUGUAGGCAGUUUAUCUAGUGACGAUGACAUGGACGUCCAUGGAGAAUUUGAAAUAUAA